AUGCUGGCUCUAGAUAAGUUCUUCGUCAAACAUCUCGCCCUCAACUCGCAAGAUGCGCAUAUGCUUCACCAGAAGUACUACAAGGAAUACGGACUGGCUAUUGAGGGCCUCACACGCCACCAUAAAAUUGAUCCGCUCGAGUUCAAUUAUGAAGUCGACGAUGCUUUACCCCUGGAUACCAUCCUCAAGCCGGACCCGAAGCUACGCAAGUUGCUGGAAAGCCUGGAUACCAGCAAGGUGAAGCCUUGGCUGCUCACAAAUGCCUACAUCAACCAUGCAAAGCGUGUGGUGAAGUUACUCGGCAUCGAUGACCUCUUUGAAGGUGUGACAUAUUGUGACUAUGGACAGCUGCCCUUGGUGUGCAAACCGAGUCAGGAGAUGUACGCAAAAGCUGAGAAGGAGGCCGGUGCUUCGAGUUCAGACCAGUGCUACUUUGUUGAUGACUCGCACUUGAAUUGCAAACAUGCACACGCACGGGGGUGGGCAACAGUUCACCUGGUAGAGCCAGGGCUUCAACUACCGCGUAUUCCAGCAUCGAGAUACUUGAUCUCCAACCUCGAAGAACUCCGAGUCCAUUUCCCACACCUCUUCAAGAUAUAG